GCGCUCUCGCCCUCCCUCGCCCCCGCGCAGGCGUCUUUCUGGCCAGUCGCGCGUGGGCUGAGGCCCUGGGCGGGCGUUGCGAAGGCUUGUUUGCUUGAGUUUAGACCCUGCGACAGUUCUCAUUUCCCUCCCGGUAGGGCUGGCGCAUACCCGGGUCAGGAGAAUGGGCAGCUAGACGCAGGCUAAGGAGCGUGUGGCUGCGGACAUGAACUCGCCCGUGGACCCCGGUGCUCGGCAGGCACUGAGGAAGAAGCCACCGGAGCGGACUCCUGAGGACUUAAAUAUUAUUUAUUCUUAUCUCCAUGGAAUGGAAAUAUUAUCAAACCUCAGGGAGCAUCAGCUUAGGUUAAUGUCUACAAGAGCGCGAUAUGAGAGAUACAGUGGCAAUCAAAUGCUUUUUUGUUCAGAAACUAUUGCCAGAUGUUGGUAUAUCCUGCUUUCUGGAUCUGUACUUGUAAAAGAUUCUAUGGUCCUUCCUCCAUGCAGUUUUGGUAAGCAGUUUGGAGGAAAAAGAGGAUGUGAUUGUCUUGUAUUAGAACCUUCAGAAAUGAUUGUGGUAGAGAAUUCCAAAGAUAAUGAAGAUAGUAUUUUACAAAGAGAAAUUCCUGCCAGACAGUCUCGACGAAGGUUUCGGAAAGUUAACUAUAAAGGAGAACGCCAAACCAUAACCGAUGGGGUGGAUGUUAAUAACUACCUUUCGCUUCCAGCUGAUCUUACCAAGAUGCACCUCACAGACAGCCCUCAUCCACAGGUGACUCAUGUGUCUUCUAGUCAGUCUGGCUGUAGCAUUGCCAGUGACUCUGGGAGCAGCAGUUUAUCUGAUAUCUACCAGGCUACAGAGAGUGAAGUAGGAGAUGUAGAUUUAACACGUCUUCCAGAAGGACCUGUUGAUUCUGAGGAUGAAGAGGAGGAGGAAGAAGAGAUUGAUCGAACAGAUCCACUGCAGGGUCGAGAUCUUGUUCGGGAAUGUCUUGAAAAGGAACCCGCAGACAAAACGGAUGAUGAUAUUGAACAGUUACUUGAGUUCAUGCACCAGCUGCCUGCCUUUGCAAAUAUGACCAUGUCUGUAAGGAGAGAGCUCUGCUCUGUCAUGAUUUUUGAAGUAGUAGAGCAGGCUGGGGCUGUUAUUCUUGAAGAUGGGCAAGAGCUUGACUCAUGGUAUGUCAUUUUAAAUGGCACUGUAGAAAUUAGUCAUCCAGAUGGGAAAAUUGAAAAUCUCUUCAUGGGAAAUAGUUUUGGAAUUGUUCCCACUCUGGAUAAGCAGUACAUGCGUGGAGUUGUCAGAACCAAAGUCGAUGAUUGCCAGUUUGUCUGCAUAGCUCAACAGGACUAUUGGAGAAUUUUAAAUCAUGUGGAAAAAAAUACCCAUAAAGUUGAGGAAGAGGGAGAAAUUGUCAUGGUACAUGAGCACCGUGAACUAGACCGAAGCGGAACCAGGAAAGGACACAUUGUAAUCAAGGCAACACCUGAGCGUCUCAUCAUGCAUUUGAUAGAAGAACAUUCUAUUGUGGACCCAACAUAUAUAGAAGAUUUCCUGUUAACUUAUAGGACAUUUCUUGGAACUCCUUUGGAUGUUGGGAUCAAGCUUUUAGAAUGGUUUAAAAUUGACAGCUUAAGAGAUAAGGUGACCCGGAUUGUACUCUUAUGGGUAAAUAAUCAUUUUAAUGAUUUUGAAGGUGAUCCUGCUAUGGCUCAAUUUCUAGAAGAAUUUGAAAAAAAUUUGGAAGAUACAAAAAUGAAUGGUCACCUCAGAUUAUUGAAUAUUGCCUGUGCCGCAAAGGCUAAGUGGAGGCAAGUUGUACUGCAGAAGGCAUCCCGUGAGUCCCCGCUGCACUUCAGCCUUACUGGAGGCAGUGAGAAGGGAUUUGGUGUCUUUGUUGAAGAAGUAGAGCCUUGUAGCAAAGCUGCUGACGUAGGACUGAAGCGGGGUGAUCAGAUAAUGGAAGUCAAUGGACAAAACUUUGAGAAUAUUACAUUUGCUAAAGCACUUGAAAUUUUGAGGAAUAAUACUCAUCUUGCACUUACUGUGAAGACCAACAUUUUUGUGUUCAAAGAAUUGCUCAGUAGGACUGAACAAGAGAAAUUGGGUGUUCCUCAUAUUCCCAAAAUUGCUGAAAAAAAAAGUAAUCGCCAUUCAAUUCAAGAUGUUCCAGGGGAUAUUGAGCAGGCACCACAGGAGAAAGGAAAUAAGAAAAUUAAAGCAAAUACCGUUUCAGGUGGAAGAAACAAAAUCAGGAAAAUUUUGGAUAAAACACGAUUUAGUAUCUUGCCUCCAAAACUAUUUAGUGAUGGAGGCCUGAGUCAGUCACAAGAUGACAGUAUUGUGGGAACCAGGCACUGUAGGCACAGCCUGGCUAUAAUGCCAAUUCCUGGAACACUCUCAUCCAGCAGCCCAGAUCUCUUACAGCCUACCACUAGCAUGUUGGACUUUUCCAAUCCUACAGAUAUUCCUGAUCAAGUUAUAAGAAUUUUCAAAGCAGAUCAACAAAGUUGCUACAUUAUCAUCAGUAAAGAUACCACAGCUAAAGAAGUGGUCUGCCAAGCUGUACAGGAAUUUGGUUUGACUGGUGCAUCUGACACAUACUCUCUCUGUGAAGUUUCUGUUACUCCUGAGGGUGUUAUAAAGCAGAGAAGACUUCCGGACCAGUUCUCCAAGUUAGCUGAUAGAAUUCAACUCAAUGGAAGGUAUUAUUUAAAAAAUAACAUGGAAACAGAAACAUUGUGUUCUGAUGAAGAUGCCCAGGAACUACUUAAGGAAAGCCAGCUAUCCAUGCUGCAACUCAGCACCAUUGAGGUUGCCACCCAGCUGUCAAUGAGAGACUUUGAUUUGUUUCGUAAUAUUGAGCCUACUGAAUACAUUGAUGAUCUUUUUAAAUUAGAUUCUAAAACAGGAAAUACUCACUUAAAACAAUUUGAGGAAAUUGUAAACCAAGAGACAUUCUGGGUUGCCUCAGAGAUCUUAAGUGAGUCAAAUCAGCUGAAAAGAAUGAAGAUUAUUAAACAUUUUGUUAAAAUUGCCCUUCAUUGCCGAGAAUGCAAGAAUUUCAAUUCCAUGUUUGCAAUAAUAAGUGGCUUGAACCUGGCACCAGUAGCACGACUCAGAGGCACUUGGGAAAAGUUACCAAGCAAAUAUGAGAAACAUCUUCAUGAUCUACAAGACCUCUUUGAUCCAUCUAGAAAUAUGGCAAAAUACAGAAAUAUUCUUAGUAGUCAAAGCAUGCAGCCUCCAAUUAUUCCACUCUUCCCUGUUGUCAAGAAGGAUAUGACAUUCCUCCAUGAAGGAAAUGACUCCAAAGUAGAUGGCUUAGUAAACUUUGAGAAGCUAAGAAUGAUUGCCAAGGAAAUCCGUCAUAUUAUUCGAAUGACUUCUGCUAACAUGGACCCUGCCAUGAUGUUCCGACAGAGGUCAUUAAGUCAAGGCAGCACAAAUUCUAACAUGCUAGAUGUCCAGGGAGGUGCUCACAAGAAAAGAGCACGCCGCAGCUCACUGCUGAAUGCCAAGAAACUGUAUGAAGAUGCCCAAAUGGCAAGGAAAGUGAAACAGUAUCUUUCUAGUCUGGACAUAGACACAGACGAGGAGAAGUUCCAGAUGAUGUCACUGCAGUGGGAACCUGCAUAUGGUACCUUGACAAAGAACUUAACUGAGAAGAGGUCAGCCAAAUCAUCUGAGAUGUCUCCUGUGCCAUUGAGGUCAGUUGGCCAAACAGCUAAAGUCCACUCGAAUCAGCCACACAGAACAAGCCAAGUGCUUCAGGUGCCAGCAGUUAAUCUGCAUCCCAUCCGGAAGAAAGGACAAGCCAAAGACCAUGUGCUGAGUUCAGGUUUACCUCAGAAAGGUUUAGGACCAACUGAAGAAGUGAGUGGUAAGAAACACACAGAAGACACUAUUUCUGUAGCAUCCUCUCUUCACUCUAGCCCUCCUGCAUCUCCUCAAAGCUCCCCUCGCAAAGGUUAUACACUCACACCAUCAAGUAAAUGUGACAACUUGUCUGACUCCAGCCACAGUGAAAUCUCCUCUCGGUCCAGCAUUGUGAGCAAUGGUUCUGUCGACUCCAUGUCUGCAGCCGGGCAGGAUGAACGCUGUUCCACCCACAGCCUAGCAGUUCCUGAGCCCACAGGGGCAUUGGAAAAGACAGAUCACCCUUCAGGGAUCUCAGACCACAGUCAGCUUGCUCAUGGGUGGAUGCUGUCAAAGCCAUCUCUUAUCAAGGGUAUAGCUGUCUCGUCUUCUCUGAGCAGCGAAGAGAUGUCUCACGAGCAUGUUCUACUGGAAGCAGCUGACAGUGGUCGGGGCAGUUGGACUUCCUGUUCCAGCAGCUCCCAUGACAAUUUCCAAAGCCUUCAAAAUCAAAAAAGCUGGGACUUUCUGAAUUCUUACAGACAUACACAUUUAGAUGACCCUAUUGCUGAAGUUGAGCCCACUGACUCUGAGCCCUGUGCCUGUCCUAAAGGCUGCUCAAGAAGUUGUGGCCAGUGCAAAGGCUGCCUAGAGACGAACCAGCUGAGGCAGAGUUGGGCCUCAUCCAGUUCACUGUCUGACACAUGUGAACCAAACUACGGGACAGUUAAGCGGAGGGUAUUGGAAAGUGCACCAGCAGGGGCACCUGAUGGCUUGGAGCUGAGGGAUACCACUGACCCUGUUUAUAAAACUGUCACUUCCAGUACAGACAAGGGCUUGAUUGUGUACUGUGUCACCUCACCCAAGAAAGGCGAUAGGUAUAGGGAGCCGCCUCCCACUCCUCCAGGAUAUCUGGGAAUUUCUUUAGCGGACCUAAAGGAAGGACCCCACCUGCACCUAAAACCUCCCGACUAUAGUGUGGCAGUACAGAGAUCAAAGAUGAUGCCUAACAGCCUGGCUAGACUGCCUCCAGCUCCUCCCAGCAGCCACACCUCGGCCUGGGUUCCCUCGAAGACCGGAUCCCAGCCUCAGAGGCAUAGCUUGCAGCCGUCCCAUCCCAGACUAGCAGAUGUGGCUGAUGCAGAUAGUGAAGCAGAUGAAAAUGAGCAGGUGUCAGCAGUCUAGCCUUUGGACAGCUCAUGGGAGACCACUGGAAGUCAGGACCAUGGACAAGAGCACGUGGCUCUGCAGGCCAAGGCCAGCAGCUCACUGCUGCCACUAGUGCUGUGGCUCCCACACUGGCUCGGAGGAUGAGCUCUUCUGAGUCGUGCUUCCUUUUGUUCUGUCCCUGAAGAUGCAGGCCCUUACCUGGGUGUUGCACCUGAUCUCAACCUAUACUUUGCACAUCACUCCUGCCUUGGGACUACUACAUCAAGCUCAGAGUUGUCCCCCGUAUAUCACUAUAAGUUUUUCUUUUCGAGAGUCAUUUUAAAGAUAGUGGUAUUAUUAUUUCCAAGCCAUAGCUUGGGCUAAAAGGACACAUUCAAAAUGUCUACCAAUACCAAGGAUAGUCUUGUGUAUUUGAAAAGUAACUUAUGAUUUGAAGUAUUGUGGUUUUGUUUGUAUUCAAAAGCUCUUGCUAGCUGUUAUUUGUCUUAGUCUAUAAAGCUGUCUGUGGUUUGAGCAGCAGACAUCAUCCCAACACAGGUACGGAGAUGCGGCACCAUUGUAGCAGACACUCCGGUGGGAACUAGUCACCUGUACAGGUGUAGUGCAAGCAGCCAGCACAUCAUGAUGUGGGCUACAGCAGCUACAGGGGUCUUAGCGGGCUUUAGGAAAGGAGAGCAAAGCCGGAAUAGGAAGGGAGAACUCUAAUUUCAAAGAAGGAAAGACUAGCAUUGAACUUGUUUCUGAAAUGAACAUCUUGUUGCAUCCAAUUCUGAGGAUACUACAAACCCACUGGCAAUGGCUUCUAAAGAGUUUUUAUUCUAUAGAAACCCUAAGCUAACAUUUCACAGCAUAAGUAUGGAAUUCCUAGUUUAAAAGAAAUAUUGUAGGAGCUGGAGAGAUGGCUCAGUGGUUAAGAUGUCUUGCAGAGGGCCCGGUUUAAUUCCAGCACUCAUGUGGUGGCUCACAACUGCCUGUAACUCCAGAUCCAGGGGAUCCGACAUCCUUGUCUGACCUCCACAGGCACUGCAUGCAUGUGGUACAUAGACAUACGUGCAGUCAAAAUACCCCUAUACAAAAAAGUAAAAUACAUAUAUAUAUUCAUUCUCAUGGAUGCAAUGGUGGAGGUUCCCUGGGCCUGUGCUGUGGCUUACAGCACACAACGACAUGUGCAAUCAUUGAACUUGAGCUUUGAGCUUUCCACAGAGCUCAGUCACUACGAGGUAGACUCGUAUAAGAGAGAGAAGCUAGAACAAUGGAGGAGACGUCUAUCCUAAAAGGGACAUUCUUUUUGACCUCCUGGACAUGGCACUCUUAAGUAUAUAAUUCAAAUUCAGUGACUGCUUAUUAAAUAAAGUGGACUUUUCACAGUUUUACAAAUUAAGUAUAACAUUUUGUAUAUAUGUUUAAAGGUUUUGAUUUGCUUUUUAAUGUAAAGGCAAAUAAGAUUUCAUAAACUUCUGUAAUUACAAAAAAAGCCAAAGCCAUUGAAAGUGCACUGACCAUGGCAGCUUUGCUACAGAGCAGUCAUGUGACCAACUGCCUUUUCAAGUUUGUACUUUUCCCUUGCUCUCUCUUCCUGUUUUUCUGUCCAAUCACUCGAGAGUCAGAACAGUUCCAAAUGUAACAGUAUUGUGUCUUCCCACAGAAUGCCUGUCUCUAGGAAACAUAAUGGCUGAAGAAUUCCCCUGGGGAAACAUUUACCCAAAAGCCUUAGACAUGAGCCCAGGUGCCGUGCCGUGCCGUGCCGCGCCGCGCCGCACAGCCUUACUGACCCUUUUAAGUGCAAAGUAGCCUGAGUGUCAGCUGCAGCUUGACAGCCAUGCUUAACUGAUCUGGCCUAUGAACUGUGCUGUUUUCUGAUUGUGAAUCUUUUUAUUCACCUACUUGCAGAUUGUUUUCAUGUCCAAAACAAAAGAAAUAUUUUUGCUAUACCUACCUUUUUAUCCAAGUUUGGGUACUCAUUGUCACCAUUUUCUAUCCAUUGCUCCUGAAAAAUAUGCUGUUUGCACCGCUUCUUUAUCCACCAGGUCUUUAAACAGAUGGACCCUUUCCUGCCUUGGUCCUUAAAGAUGAAAAUGUCUUGCACACCUGCAUUGUGUAAGCUGCCUUGGUUUUAAUCGAGCUUUAUCUGUGAGUGUUCAGACCAACUGAUCACAUUGAUCAGAAUAAAAACCAAAUGCUUUGUAGUUUGGUGUAUAUGAGUCCCUGAAAAAAUCAUGUCUGCUUUUUUUUACUUUGUCGUGUGACUAGAGCAAGGGAAGCCUUAAAGCCCAUGCUUGUUCCAGGUCCAAGCCCCCAUUUGUCCUUGUUCUAAGUGUGCAACAUUACUAAAAACACUAGUGCACAGCACCUGCCAAAACUAUCAAAGCAGGAGACUGUUAGUACAGAGUUUUGCCAAAUAAUAAAUUUCAACAAAAUCUCAUAGUAAACCAUUUAGAGAUUAGUGAGUCCAGCCACUGCUUACAGCAAGGUUACUUGCAGUCACCAAACUUCAUUUCCUCUAACUGAUGUCUUUAUAAAUGACCUUUGAGGAGAAAAGUCCUUUAGAGAGUAUUUAUGAGGGUGACAUGUUGAUUACCUCCAUGGUCUCUACCAAGCUGGAAGAGUAGCAGUAACCAUAAAGAUCUCCUUACAGAAUUACAAAGAAAGAAAAAGGAAAAAAGAUUUCCUUAAAAAUGUAAAGCAGUGAUUAUUUGGAUGUAAAGGUUCUAGAAGACAUUGAGUGUAUCCUUGCAGCAUCCUAUUACAUGCUCCAAAAAAGGUGGAGUCCACCAAGAUGAGUCAGGUACAUUCUCAAGUGGAUACUUGAGCCCCAGUCGUCUUUAGCUUUCGUGUUGUUUAAAAGGCCUUUUUUAUUUUUAUUGUACAAAAUGAAUGCAGUUGAACUUGAUAGGUGUUUUAAAAUUGAAAUGUGAGUUUGUCAAAAACAAAAGCAAAAUUGCACAGUUGCUAGGAUCAAGUGACAAUUAUCUGCACAAUUCAAUGAUUGUAAGGCAUCCUGUCACAAGCAAUGUUGUCUUCUGGUUUUUGAUGCCUCUUAAACUUAUGUCUUUUAGAAAGACAGUGCCUCUGUAUGCUUUGUAUUUUUACUGAAUGUAAAUACUUGUUAUAUUUUGGUUAAGAAAAUGUAAGGGUAUCAUUUAUUACCACAUCUCCUAAUUCAUCAGAACCAAUAAAGAACAUGCAUUAACUGUG